CCUUGUCUUGAAAAAACCAAAAAAAUUUGGUAUUUUUUUUUCCUAGUUAACCAUAGGAGAAAUUAGGUCUCAGUGUAAAUUUAGAGACUAAGCUUGGGUUGGAGAGAAAAAAAAUCCCCAGACCAACAAUUUUCUAUGCAAGAUGUACUAGGGAAAGGGUAAGAAAGAUAAAUAUCAAUCUAUGCCAUGGAGAGCACGGUAGAGUUGUAAGGAUAAAACUUGGGCGUGAAUCCGUCUUCUGGGUAACCUUGGAUGAGCCUUUGCCCAAAGUCAGUUUUCUAUUUUGAAAAGCGCAGCUGGCUAUUGAGGGAAGAUGGCACCCAGCAGGGAGCCUGGCCCAGAAAAAGGUACUGGUGGGUGAGUCCGGCCUAAUCAGGGCUAAUUCUAAACCCUCGUCUGCAAGCGUGGUGGAGGAUGCGUCGUUCACGGCCACUAGAGGUUUCAGGAGUAGCGAUGGCCGUUCCUUGGAAAAGAGCUACAAGCUAAAACAAAAUCCUGAGGUUCUGCAAUCCUUAAGGCCGAGACCCCAUCCUCAACCCAGGCCACAGCUCCGGGAGCAGGGACCAGCGUGCCAGCACGCAGGAAGUGACGGGUUGUCCUGGCAACCCUGGACCGAGCCUUGCAGGCAGCGGUGAACGCCCUUGCUUUCGCUUUGCAUCCUGGCAUUCGGCAGUUCCGCUGCCAGUUGGUGCGUUGAUCUGGACCAUAUCCUCCGCGGAGUCCUCCAAGGAGACCAUGAGUACUGGAAACGGCAAACCUGGCUGCCAACUUCCUUCCAUUUCGAGAGCAGCUGGUACUAGAGAGUUAGAGAAGGUUCCGGAGAAAGGUGACUCGAGCUUGACCAAGGUGGAAAAGAGACACAACGCUAAGCCUGAUGGUCUAGAAUCCAAGGGUUCCUCGGCCAGCAGGACGGCCUCUGACAGAAGGACCAGCCUUUCGUCUUCCGAUGAAGCAUGUGUGAGAGUCAGCGAGCCUCCAGGACCCACUGCAUCGUCGAUUCAUUCUGACACAGCUGCAGAGAUGGGUCAGAAGUCCUCCUCCUCCUCCUCCUCUUCCUCCUCUUCCUCUGCACAGUCCAGUCGCUCCUCUCAAGUUUUACUGCCUGGAUUCCAGAAGGAAACAUAUCCUGAGGAACUCAACCUGCUUAAGUCACAGACAAAAGAUGGGCAUCGUCCUGAGUGGUCAUUUUACCCAAGGUUCAGCAGCAAUGUCCACACCUACCAUGUUGGGAAGCAGUGCUUCUUCAGUGGGGUUUUCCGGGGCAACAGGAGGUCUGUGGCAGAGAGGACCGUGGACAAGAGCCUUGGGAAGAAGAAAUAUGACAUCGAUCCCAGAAAUGGAAUUCCAAAGCUUACACCAGGGGAUAAUCCGUACAUGUUCCCAGAACAGAGCAAAGAGUUCUUCAAAGCAGGAGCAACUCUGCCGCCAGUCAACUUCUCGCUGACUCCUUAUGAGAAAAAAUUCGACACGUUCAUCCCACUGGAGCCACUGCCGCAAAUCCCCAACUUGCCUUUCUGGGAGAAGGAGAAGGCCAACAACCUGAAGAACGAGAUAAAAGAAGUUCAGGAGCUGGACAACUGGCAGGCGUCGUCGCCCUUCCUGCAAGGGUUUCUCUCCUCUGGUGUUUCCAACCUUCCGAGACAUCCCUGAGCAGAAAUGAGUCCCCACGCACGCACUGACUGACCUCCAUCCAGCCUCUGCCAGUGCUGGGUUUUUCUAUUCUUUGUUUUGGACAGCGUCUCUGUCCUAAGCCAUUUAUUUGACUCUAGUGAGCAAUCGCUAUGAUUUGUCUUGUUUAACUGUCAACUGUGGACAUUUCAAAACGAAUAGAGAAGUUGCACAAAUCAUAAAGUAGAUACCCGCAUAUCUUUCA